AUGAAAGGUGAAAUUGAAAUAGGAACUGUCUUGCAUCCUCAAUGUAAGAUCCUUGCCGAAUCAGGCCCAAUUGUUAUCGGCUCAAACAAUAUCAUAGAAGAAAAUGUGACAAUUAUAAAUAAACAACCGACAUCCUUAAUUAUUGGAGACGAAAAUGUCUUUGAAGUUGGAUGCUAUGUGGAGGGAUCUAAAAUUGGGAGUAAAAAUAUAAUAGAAGCAAAAGGCAAGUAUAUAAUAUAUAAUAUCUCCUUCAGUAUUGAAUAUUCACAAUAUUUACAUAUGAUUAAUUUUACUUAUAUACUUCAUUCUAAAGCGAGAAUCUUGGGGACUACGUCAUUAGGUGACAAUUGUGUUAUCGGUGCUGUUUGUUCAACCAGACAAGAUGAAGUAAUCCCUAAUGACACUGUUAUAUAUGGUGAUCAUCAUAACCGGAGAACUCAGACAGCAUGCGCAAGCCAACAAUCAAGCUUACAUACUCGUCAUUUGGAUUAUCUUCGUGAGGUGCUGCCUAAAUUUAAUCAUGUUCGAAUUGGUGGUGCUAGCACAGCAACUGAAUCUUUGGCAUCCAAAUCAAAAUUAAAAUCUUCACAAAGUUUUAUUAUCUCAUUUGAUUUAGAUAAAAUUUCAACUCCAAAAAACAAUCUUGCUCUUAUUAAUGCUAAUCUAGUUGCAAGAAAUAGUGUUAAAG